AUGCUUUUCUUAUUUAUGCCUUUGUUAGAAUACUUUCAAACACUCUGGUUUCUUUCUUUCUUUUCAUUUUCUUUUCUUUCUUUUCAUUUUCUUUUCUUUCUUUUCUUUUUUCCUCUUCUUUCUUUUCUUUUUUCCUCUUCUUUCUUUUCUUUUUUCCUCUUCUUUCUUUUCUUUUUUCCUCUUCUUUCUUUUCUUUUUUCCUCUUUCUUUUCUUUUUUCCUCUUCUUUCUUUUCUUUUUUCCUCUUCUUUCUUUUCUUUUUUCCUCUUCUUUCUUUUCUUUUUUCCUCUUCUUUCUUUUCUUUUUUCCUCUUCUUUCUUUUCUUUUUUCCUCUUCUUUCCCUUUCUUAAACUUCAGGUUUGAUUUGAUUCUCCUCACAUCAACAACAAUGCCAUUGGUUAGGCAAGAGGCUGCAGCUCAAAAUAUGAAACCAUUGGACCUGAAAAGCCCCGCCCAGGGCAAGGUGUACAAACGUGACCCAGACAAGAGAAUUUUUGUCAACAGGGGUCUCAUGUUGCAAAAGGUGAAAUUUCUGGGUUUUGACAUGGAUUAUACCAUUGCCGGUAAUCUCUUUUCUUUCUCUGUCUUCCCUUGUAGUCUUUUUCAUUUGCUGUCUACACUUGCUGCCCCUUUUCUUCUCGGCCUCCCCACCUCUUGCCUCUUCUUUCUCGGCCUCCCCUCGUCACUCUUUUUUUUUUUUUUGCCAUAA